AUGGCCGACAGACAGUCAGCAUACUCGGUCAGUCUCUUCGGCAGCCAGGCAGCCGAUGGAGUGCAAGAUGCGACGGCUCCUUCGCGCAUCCAGCAAGCACUGGUUGACUUCAUCAUGGAGUUCACCCUCGAUAAUGUCUUCGUUUACCGAGAUCAAAUCCGAGAGAAUGUGCUGGUCAAGCAGUACUAUUGCGACAUUGACAUAGCCCACCUCAUUGUUUACAACGACGAGCUUGCGCAAAACCUCACAUCCAAUCCAGCCGAAGUGAUACCGCUCUUUGAAGCGGCGCUCAAGAGCUGCACGCAGCGCAUUGUUUACCCCUCGCAAAAGAAUAUCAAACUGCCUGAGCACCAGUUACUCCUUCACUCGACUGCAUCCGAGCUUUCGAUACGUGACCUCACAGCCAACCAAGUCUCGCAUCUCGUCCGAAUACCUGGCAUCAUCAUUGGCGCCUCAACACUAUCUUCCAAGUCCACUGCGCUUGCCAUACGGUGCCGCAGUUGCCAGCACGAGGAAAUGUUGCCCGUUUCGGGCGGCUUCUCAGGCAUCUCUCUUCCGCGUACAUGCAGCCGGAAAAGAGGCGAAGGAGAAGCUGGAGAUAAGUGUCCCCUCGAUCCAUACUAUGUCAUGCACGAGCGUUGUCAGUUCAUCGACCAACAAGUCCUGAAGCUGCAGGAGGCACCAGACCAGGUUCCUGUUGGUGAGCUCCCCCGGCACAUCAUGAUUUCAGCAGAUCGCUAUCUGGCCAACCGGGUAGUACCUGGCACAAGAUGCACCAUCACUGGUGUGUACUCCAUCUACCAGCAAAAGGGCUCAAGGCGGCAAGGAAAUGCUGCGGUGGCCAUCCGUAACCCGUACAUACGCGCAGUUGGUAUCCACACCGCUGUCGACCAUACGACCAAGGGCAAUGCCGUCUUCACUGCUGAGGAAGAACAGGAGUUCCUGGAGAUGAGUCGAAGACCGGAUAUUUACGACGUCUUUGCUAGUUGCAUUGCGCCCUCCAUCUACGGGAAUCAAGAUAUUAAAAAGGCCAUUGCAUGUUUACUAAUGGGUGGAUCCAAGAAGAUUCUACCUGAUGGGAUGAAAUUGCGCGGAGAUAUCAAUGUUUUGCUGCUUGGUGAUCCCGGUACCGCAAAAUCUCAAUUGCUCAAGUUCGUCGAAAAGGUAUCCCCGAUCGCCAUCUAUACCUCAGGAAAAGGUUCCUCGGCAGCUGGUCUGACCGCCUCUGUGCAACGUGAUGCCCAAUCGCGAGAAUUCUACCUCGAAGGCGGUGCCAUGGUUCUGGCUGACGGUGGCGUUGUCUGUAUCGACGAGUUUGACAAGAUGAGAGACGAGGAUCGUGUCGCCAUCCACGAAGCCAUGGAACAGCAAACCAUUUCCAUUGCCAAGGCUGGAAUAACCACCAUUCUGAACUCGCGAACCUCAGUCCUGGCAGCUGCCAAUCCAAUAUUUGGUCGCUACGAUGAUAUGAAAACACCUGGCGAGAACAUCGACUUUCAGACUACUAUUUUGUCACGUUUCGACAUGAUCUUUAUUGUGCGAGACGAUCACAACCGCGAUCGAGACGAGUCAAUAGCCAAACACGUCAUGGGUAUUGCCAUGGGCGGACAUGGUAUCCAGCAAGAAGUGGAAGCCGAAAUCUCCAUUGAGAAGAUGAAGCGGUAUAUCACAUACUGUCGAACACGAUGCGCGCCCCGGCUUGCGCCAGAAGCCGCUGAGAAGCUGUCCUCGCACUUUGUCAGCAUACGGCGGCAAGUCCAUGCCUCGGAGAUGAAUGCCAACCAGAGGUCCAGCAUUCCUAUCACCGUCCGUCAGUUAGAAGCCAUCAUUCGUAUUACGGAAUCACUUGCGAAGCUAUCGUUGUCACCUAUUGCUGAGGAGCGACACGUAGAUGAGGCCAUUCGCCUUUUCCUUGCUUCAACCAUGGACGCGGUCAAUCAAGGUGGUGCCCAAGGCUCUAAAGAUUUGAUGGAAGAAGUCAACAAGUUGGAAGAAGAGCUGAGGCGCCGCAUGGCUGUCGGGUGGCAGGUCGCCCUAUCCACACUGAAACGUGAAAUGGUUGAUGGAAAGGGAUACUCCGAACAAGCUCUCAACCGAGCACUGCAUGUCAUGGCAGCGCGCGACACUAUCAAGAUGCGCCACGGGGGUUCUGUCGUAUUCAGACAAAAUGCUUGA